UCCGUUUAUCGGCUUUCUAUGAAAAACUAGUUCUCAACGACAACAGCGGAGGGACACGUUCCAUGUUCUGGCUGACAUCAAGACGUCAUAGAUGUGCGUCGCAUGUUUACAGUUCGAAAAUAGCUCCAGAUUGAAAAAUGUUCGAAAGAGUAAUAACAGUUUGUUGUUUUAUAUUAAAGCACACUCAUAAGGGGUAAAAACGGAGUAAGGAAAGGACGUUUAUUAACAGAGACAUUAGCAUUGUUUGACUUUGUUUUUAAGACCUUUUUCCAGGCUGUGAGACUAAACGUUGUAGGUGUUAAAAAUUACCUUGGAAACAAUGUAUCCCAAGGUUUUGCUCCGGGUUUAACAUGGCAAGUAAAAGCUGAAUCUGAAUGAGAAAGGACGAGCAUGGAUAAAGAAGAUCUGGACACAUUUGGUGAACGGCUGUACUCUCUGAUUUACCCCAAACACAAGGAGAGUGCUGCGAAACUCACAGGUAUGUUACUUGAGCUUCCAGAGGCUGUUCUCAGCCAGGUGCUGCAGGAUGAGGCCACGCUGACAGCAGCUGUAAAGAAAGCUCUCAGGGCUCUGCAGCUGGCACCGUCCAGUGAGGUAGCACAUAAAGCUAAUGAUGUGCCCGAGUCCUCUGACUCUCUCGGGGAGCAGCUGUUUGAGCUGGUGGAUGUUUACAACACUGGCCACUCACAGAAAAUCACAGGAAUGCUUUUGGAGCAGCACAAAGAGGCAGUUUUACAGCUGUUGUCAGACCCCAAACUACUGGAGGAACAUGUAAACCUUGCCCUGAAGACACUAAAAGAACAAAAUAUAGAGGAGACAGACCUCAGCGACGCUUCAGAAGCUGAUGAGACAGACAGGCUAGGAGAAAAGCUCUUCUCAUUGGUUGAGCAGAUGGAUCCACUGCAUGCAAAUGAUAUCACAGGUAUGCUGCUGGAGAUGGACUCAGCUUCUCUAAAACAGCUGCUCAGUGACCACACGAAGCUGGAGGUUGCAGUUCAAAAAGCACAAGCAGUGCUGGAUACGGAGAGCUAAGCUGAAUUUGAUAAACCCAGAUAAUAAAAGACCUGUUCUACUGCAAUGUGAACACAAGAUAACUGAGGAGUCUGAACGACAUCAUUCAGCUGGAAUUAAGAUAAUACCUUUCUUUUCUGAUUUCCCAUGUCCGUGUGUCAGUGUCUAAUGAAAAACAAUGAUCCAUCUCUACUGCUUCACUCUGGUGCUGAACUUUCACAAAAGAUCAAUUUCUUUUUUUCUUGAUUAUUUACAUUAAUAAAUAAGCGUGGAUUUAUUGCUGUAGAGAUCUUACAGAAAUGUGGACUGAGAUACUACUUUAAUUUGUCUUAUAUUAAAAGUACAGCUUCUCGGAAACCCAGCUGAUCUUUAUAUAAAUAAUAUUUAUAUACAAUACUCACAAAAUGAUUUGGUUUUCGGGCUUUCGGAAAACGUAAAAAGUUCCCGCUACAGUGAUAUAUCAUGGCACCAGGGCAUUUAAGUAGGUGUGGCAAUGGUGAUUUCCUUAAUUUAAACAUUUUAUUUCAAUAAAAGCCAACAACAGUGAUAAGUAUAUCACAACAAAAACGUCAGUCUCAAGGCUUUUAACAGGAACUAACAGAAGGACACACAUCACACCAGUUUUAUCCUCUUUACAUUGACUACCUGUCGAAUUUAGAAUUGAUUUAAAAAUUUUAGACAUGACUUUUAGAGCUUUGAAUGGACGGGCCCCCCAAUACAUCAUUGAAAUGUUGAUCCCUUAUUCUUCAGGUCGCACUCUUCGGUCCUCUGCCCAGAUCCUCCUAAAGGUCCCUAAGACCUGGUUCAAAACUCGAGGUGACCUGUCCUUUCAGGCAGUAGCCCCCAGGCUGUGGAAUGCCUUGCCCUGGUCUCUUCGUGUGGCCGACUCUGUUGACUCCUUUAAAAAGCAGCUUAAGACACUUUUAUUUAGACAAGCUUUUAGUUAAAUGUUCUACUUCUUGUUUUUAGCUGUUCUUACUGUCUUUGUAUUAUGUUAAGCCUAUAAUUGUAUUUAUUUUAUUUGCACUCUGCAAAGCACUUUGUGAUUUUUAGCUGUGAAAGUUGCUAUAUAAAUAAAGAUUCCUUACUACUUA